AUGCGAGCAACUGGCAAUAGACUUGGUGCACACCUUCCGCUUGUGGCUCCCCUCAAAGGGGUGGGACCAAAGUCGUGGGGCAAAACUUUCAUCAAACUUGCAGUCAAAGUUGGUCUUCCUUUUCAAGCCUGGCGACCCAUGUGCCCAAUGCUGCCAGCACCCAAUUUGAUGGGAGACUGGACGUCGAGGGCAACCACCCCGGGGGAGAUUGGCAAGUGGAUCCUCCAGCUUUUGAUUGGUAGCAACUUUGAUUCAACUGGCUUCACUCCGCAUGGUUGCAAGGCUACUACUUUGACAAUGUUGGCCAAGUAUGGUGCUGAUAGUGACACUCGCCUGAUUCUGGGCCACCACCAGACAAGGUCUGGCAUGAUGGUGUCACAAAGGGAUGGUGCAUUGGCAUCGACAGAAGUCCCCUUACCUGUGGCCAACUCUGUGCCUCUUGACGAUGGUCCUCAGCUUGGGACAGAAGAGGCCUCGGAAUUGCCAGUGAAUAUUGGCAGCGAUGCCGGGUGUGAUCAAUCAGUUGCGCAAAGUAACUCCCAGGCUGAUGUUGACUCUGACUCUGAUUCUUCCUCAAGCAGCUCAAGCUCUGACAGCUGCCUGGACGAAGUGGUUGAAGACUAUGCCAAGAAUGGCGCAGUGCAAGGAACCUCACCAACUGAUGAGGCACUGAAGGGCCUACUAUCCGAUGAUACGGAUACGGUCACUGUUGGCCAGCUGUCCUCCAUCCGGCGCUUGACUUUUGAUGCCCAAACGCUGUCAGCUGCUCAGGUCAAACACAUCUUAGCUGGCAGUGAAGCUGCGAAGAAGGCCGAACUAGUCCCAGCAGAGAGAACACAGAGAAUCCAGGACCAGAGAAAUCGUUUAGCAGGCAUGGACCUGACUGGCCCAUACGAAUGCAGCUAUGCCUCCUAUGAUUACGUUGCAAAAAUGAUAGAGCAAAAUGCACCUUCCUACUUGGAACCACACCGCUUCACUACAAGGUCGGCGGAAGUUGCACGCGAAAAACCUGGGAAAGAGCUUGCGUUGGACCAGAUGCACCUCACAGUCAAAGACAUGGAAAACAAGGAUAAGUGCCCCAUGCAAGGGGACCUCCAGAUCUUUCAAGCCUUCACUCGAAGGGCAUUGGCUUGUGACCUCAUGGGGGUUUGCACUUUUCGCUGCAUGGAGAAGUGGCACAGAUUUCUCAUGGACUCCAUGCAGGUACAUGCUCCACCUGGCUACAAAUCACCAACGGUCGAACAAAUUCUUCGCGCGGACCGUGCAGGCUGGAUUCGCAUUGCAGAAAAAGUUGAUGGCUUGCGCAGACGUCCAGAUGGCACUUUGCCACUCGACGAGGCCUUGGACAACCUCAAGACCGACCCAACAACAAUCUUUCAUAUGAUGCCCUUGCCCAUGCCAAGAGCCGCUGACAAACCAACGAAGCCAGCACCAAUCAAGAAGGACGGGGCACCUGACAAGACCCCAAAACCCAACAACUUUUCCAAGGGCAAAGGCAAAGGCAAAAACCGUGGCAAAGCCAACAACAAGGGACGUAUGCCAGUCGAACUGGUGGGUCUCAAUCAAAUGACGAAGACUGGCAAGCGGAUCUGCUACAACUACAAUCUCAGCCGAGGUUGCAAUUUCGCAGAGGCAGGAAAAGACUGCAACAAAGGAAGCCACGUGUGCAUGAAAUGCUUUGGAUUGCAUCCAGUUCACCAGUGCCCUCCUGGGCAAACGGUCUUUUCUGGAACAGGUGGACUGACUGCAGCAGUUAGGCACUUGGGCCUACAACAUAGCCUGGGAGUUGAUGCUCAUGUCACAAAACGAGUGAAAGCCCCGAUCAUCAGAUUGGACCUUACAUCCCAUCAUGGCCAAGAACUCCUGUGGAAAGUUCUUGGUCACCCUAAUCUUGCGGCCGUUCAUUUGGGGCCACCAUGUGGGACAAGCUCACGUGCACGUGAGAUCCGACGUGACCAUGGACCUGACCCUAAACCACUCCGGUCCACACAGUUCCCAGACGGCCUACCGACUCUGCGGGGACUUGAUGCAAAACGUGUGCAUUCAGCCAACAUACUCUACGACCUCUCUGGAGAAAUUAUGGCCUGGUGUACUACCUCAGGGGUCCUAUGCACACUUGAGAACCCAGUGCGUUCUCACAUGUGGAACAUUUCUUUCCUCACCAAGCACUUCCGAGGUCUACAUUCACUGCAUGAAGUUUGUUUUCACUCUUGCAUGUACCAAGCAGCUCGCAAGAAGAGAACCAAGCUCUUGUGCAACCACCCCGCUUUUCUCAGCCUGACGGCUGAAUGCGACGGGCAACACACACAUCUGCCGUGGGGUCGAUGCAACACCGGGUGGGCCACAGCCUCCGAGACGGAGUACCCCCACAACCUCUGCAAGGCCAUGGCCAGGAUAUAUCACGAACUCUUGGUGAAAUUCCAAGCCAUUGAUGUGCCACAACAGCUGGAUCAGGACAAUCACAUCUCCUUGACCCAGUCCAGCCGAGCCGCACUUGGACAUCAACCUCGUGGCAAACGUCUCAAACCCUUGGUUCGUGAAUACGCACAGAUCCUGAAACUUUCUGGACCUGGCCAUUUCAUCAAUAACCUGCCCCUGCAGUGCUCAGAAGCAAUACCAAUCCCACAGUGUUGCACAGUGCACCCACCAGUACAUGCCCUACCUCAACAUGCCUUGAUCAAUGGGAAAUUGAAUUUGGAGUUGCCUGGAAACCCGAAGCAUUCAUCAGACAAGCAGCAGGAUCUUCCCAUCCAGGCCACUUCAUGGAUGGAGUACACCCGGUGCUACAAAACUUUUCGAGCACAGAGCAAAGAGAUCUUCUGCAGCCAUAGCCAAAGAUCGUUCAGAGCAGAUGAGAAAGUGGUUCCUGAGAGCCCAAGAGCUGAGACAACAAGGAGCGGACGGUCUCCAUGA